UAAUUCACAUUAGAUUAAAUGGAGUCAAUUUUUGCAAAUCUACACACAUCAUCAAUACAUUAAAUCAUUAAUUAUCCAGUUAUAUCUUCUUCAUACUCUCUAAAAAUAAUAAAAAAUUGUUGUAGCAACACCUAUUCAUACCAGGACUCAUACAUUCACGCCUAUAAAAACCUCUCUUCCAACACCUUCUCUUCAUAACACAACAAACCCUAUUCUCCAAACAUCCUUAUUCCUUUUCCUUUCCCAACAAUCAUCCGACAACCAUGAAACUCCGGCAAACAUCCGCCGUGUUAACCACCGUCCUUUUUUCUCUCCUCCUCUCACCACUAGCGUCAGCCGCGUCGGAGCGGACUGACGAAGAAAUCAUGGGCCUGUACAAAAACUGGCAGGCCCAUCACGGUAAGGCCCGAAACGGCCUGCCAACCCCAGAUGAUCAAAAGCGGUUUGAGAUUUUCAAAGAUAACUUGAAAUUCAUUGAUGAGCAUAACUCUGUGGACCGGACUUAUAAACUUGGGCUUAACAAGUUUGCUGAUCUGACUAAUGAAGAGUACCGGUCCAGGUUCUUGGGUACCAGGCCCAAGCCCAUUAGUAUUAACCGGAAGGUUAGUCUUCGUUACUGGCCUCUUCCCGGUGACCAGUUGCCUAAGGCCGUUGAUUGGAGGAAAACUGGUGCUGUUAACCAUGUCAAAGAUCAAGGCCAAUGUGGUAGUUGCUGGGCAUUCUCAACGGUAGCAACUGUAGAAGCUAUCAACCAAAUUGUGACAGGAAAUCUGACCUCCUUGUCUGAGCAAGAGCUUGUCGAUUGUGAUCGAGUUGUUGAUCAGGGCUGCAAUGGCGGUCUCAUGGACAACGCCUUUCAAUUUAUCCUUGAAAAUGGCGGUCUAGACACUGAGGAAAGUUAUCCUUACAAAGGUGUUGAUGGCCAGUGUGAUCUUAACAGGAAGAACAACAAAGUUGUGAGCAUUGACGGAUAUGAAGAUGUCCAGCCUUACAGCGAGAAAGCUUUGAAGAAAGCUGUUGCUCACCAGCCUGUUAGCGUUGCUAUUGAGGCUGGUGGCAGAGCUCUCCAGCUCUACCAAUCUGGUAUAUUUAAUGGUCACUGUGGGACAAAACUCGACCACGCUGUAGUGGUUGUUGGAUAUGGAACAGAGAAUGGGAAAGACUACUGGAUAGUUAGGAAUUCAUGGGGCAGUGGAUGGGGUGAGGAAGGAUACUUUAGGAUGCGCCGCAACACCCAUACUUUCACAGGCAAAUGUGGGAUAGCAAUGCAGCCAUCUUACCCUGUAAAGCUAACCAAAGAACCCAUUAAGCCUUUCUCCGUUGUCGAAAGUGAUGAUGGUAAAGUAAGCAGCUUCUGAAGAAAGAAGCUAGGAAUCAUUAAGGAAGUGGCUCAAACUAUGAAGGGGAUUAAUAUUUUUUUUAGCUCUUCUAUGAAGUCACUUUAAUUCGAAAUCACGCAUUAUUUCCUGUUUUAGAGAAUUAAUAGGAGCCUACAUGGCUGCCUCUAUUUGUGUAUAUAAGCUAAAAGUUAGAUUGCAUCUCCUGGGGAUAAAAUACAGAGGAUGUUGCAAGUUUUUUAGAAGUUUAGCUUUCAGUUUCUUUUAAUUAAUGAAAGGUCACUUCUUUUCUAUUUCAUA